AUGGACAUCAAUAACCCUUCAAAAUUUUCCGACAAAUUGAAUCCUGAAAAUUCUUUUUCGGUCAUUACUUCCGAGAUUCCUGUCAUUUCCGUAGGCCCCUAUGGAACUUUUCAUGACUACGGUUCCUUUGCAAAAUGUUUUUGUAAUCAAUGUAACGAGUGUCGUGUUCCGCUUUACACUUGUAAGGGCGUAAAUUGUAAUAUUAAAUGCCCACCUCAUACUAGAAAAUGUUCUGAAUGUGGCAAUCAUAAUUAUUUAGCUAGACGUAUAAUUAAUCGAAAGUAUUAUACUAGUCGGAAAUCCCGUUUAAAUUCUGAGAAUUCUAUUUCUUCAAUAAAUAAAUCAUCUGAUUCCAUCAAUGACAUGGGUUUGUUAGAAAUGUGGAACAAUGCUUGUUCGGAAGCUCUUAAACAUCAGUAA